AUGGACACCUCUCCAUCCAACUCCUCUUCGGCUGCAUGGAAAGCGGAGGCAGUGGUCAUUUCUCUGGUCUUUUCCGUCAUUUUCCUCGUCGGCACCGUGGGGAACUCUUUGGUCCUCGCCGUCCUCUUUCGCAACGGCCAGAUGAACACGAAGACGACCAACCUGUUCAUCUUCAACCUCGGCGUCGCGGACCUGUGUUUCAUUGUGUUUUGCGUGCCCUUCCAGGCCACCAUUUACACCAUGGACGACUGGAUCUUUGGCCCCAUCGUAUGCAAAGUGGUCCACCUCGUUAUUUUUGUGACCAUGUACGCCAGCAUCUUUACCCUGGCAGCUGUUUCCUUAGACAGGUAUCUGGCCAUUUGCUACCCGCUCCACUCCAGGGAGAUGAGAACGCCCAAGAAUGCCCUGACGUGUAUUUGCCUGGUGUGGGUCGUGGCCCUGGUAUUCUCUGCACCCUAUCUCAGCUACUACAGACAAAUGGACCUGGGCAGCGCCGUGGUCUGUAUUCCCGCCUGGGAAUCAAAGCCGCGCAUAGCGAUGGAUGUUGUCACCUUCAUCUUUGGCUACGUCAUCCCCGUCUUGGUUCUCAGCCUGACGUACGCGCGCACCAUCCGCUACCUGUGGACCAGCGUGGACCCCAUGAAGGACAUGUCCGAGUCCAGGCGAGCGAAACGAAAAGUCACGAAGAUGAUCCUCAUUGUGGCCAUCCUCUUCUGCCUCUGCUGGCUUCCCCAUCACCUGGUCAUUCUCUGCAUGUGGUUCGGACACUUCCCCCUCAGCUACACCACCUAUGUCCUGCGCAUCCUCUCCCACCUGGUGGCUUACACCAACUCUUGCCUUAACCCCAUUGUUUAUGCGCUCGUCUCCAAGCAUUUCCGCAAAGGCUUCAGGAAAGUCUUCAGCUGUGCGCUGAGGAAGCGGGUGGUCAACAAGGUGCACGUUCAGGUGGUGCACACGGUCAACACUAUGGAGACGUCCAACUAG